AUGGACGGGCUUCUUCGCACACUUGUUUCGCGGGACGAUGAUAAUGGAGCCGCUCGCGGCAAACGGGCAUUGGUCGUUACAGCCGUACUAACGGCCAUCUCCACCGUCAUUGUCGCAAUGCGACUAUAUGCUCGACUUGGUUUGAUGAAAAUCACCGGUCGUGAGGAUUGGGCUAUCUUGAUCUCGCUGGUGUGUUUCCCUCAAAUUGUACCUUGUGUCAGGUAUGGCCAGGCGGUUAACAAACUUGUCUUCCAGAUCUUCUGCAUCAUAUACCUCGCCCUCGUCGCUGCCCAAUUCAAUUACAGUAUGGGUGUGCACUCUGCGCUUCUUUCUAGCCACACAUUGCAGCAACAACUUAAAUGUUUGUGGGCUGCUAUCCCCAUGUACAAUGCCAGCUUGGCCUUCACCAAGUUCUCCAUUCUUUUCCAAUAUCUACGAAUCUUCCCGGGUCGAUCAUUCCGCAUUGCCUGCUACGUGAUGAUGGCCAUUGUAGCCACCUACUCCAUUUGGGCCAUCGUCAGCGGCUACGUCAACUGUGUGCCUGUGGCGAAAUUCUGGAAUCACGAUCUCCCCGGCAGCUGUCUCAACUUUGAAGCUGUGUGGUUUUUCAACGCUUCCAUGAACAUCGCAACCGACAUUGCCCUUCUUCUCUUGCCUAUGCCCCUCCUGUCUCAACUGCAACUACCUCGUAUGCAGAAGUUCGCUUUGAUGGGCGUCUUUGCAAUGGGAAUCCUGGUCGUCGUCACCAGUAUCCUUCGUCUAUCAAGUCUCCGCGAAGUAGCGAACAGCCCGGACACAUCUUACAGCAACGUCGGCGCUGCUUAUUGGACCGCUGCAGAAUGCAAUGUGGCCAUUAUGUGCUCGUGUCUGCCAUUUCUGCGCCCGAUCAUUAGCAGCAUCUUCCCUCAUCUCCUUUCUACAGCUAGCUACAACCGAUAUACUGGCACGAAGCCCCCUGGUACCAACGUCACGGCAACUCGCACUCAGACACGCCAUACCCAGCUGUUCAGCCAGAAUCACGAUAAGGACUUUGAUAUGUAUUCUAUCAACGUCAAGCAGGGUGACCGGUCUAGCCAGAGCUCCUUUGCUGGUAUUGAAGUUACCACUGAGAUGACUGUUGUACAGGAGGGCCCCAAAUAUGGGAACACCAGCGAACAGAAGCUGGUUAUGGACGCGUGA